UGCACGGCAUGGCGCGUUUGUUUGGUUUCGUGACAUAUCUUGGCGCGCUUAGCGUUUUCUGCGAAAUAAACCGACAAGUUUGCCGAUUUUAGUAGACAGUUUAUAUGACCCUCCAGUGGGAACUAACGUACACGCACAUGAAUGUGUUCGUUGCCAGUCUUCGGCUGCUUCAGUAAUCUCGUCACUCCGUGAACGAUAUGGAGGCGCGCGAUGUUAAAAUAUUGGAAUUAAACGCCAGCAAGGCGGGUCUUCAAGGAGUCGACAAGGAUCAUGUCAACAAGAUUAUCCAAGAAGCGUCGAAAGGAACGCCUUAUUAUGAGCACCAGCAGAAGCGUCAGCGACGGAUAAAUGUGAAGAUUGAGGCCAUGCUUGCCGAACUGAAGACCCUGAACCCCGCGCAAUUGCAAGCCUCUCAGUGCCAGAUGGAUGUCAUUGCUGAGAAGAUGGAGUACACUCGUGACUUGAACAGAGUCAUUGUGCAUGUUGACAUGGAUGCCUUUUAUGCAGCAGUAGAAAUGCUUGACAACCCAUCUUUGCGAGACAAGCCAAUGGCAGUUGGUUCUAUGGGAAUGUUGUCAACAUCAAACUAUGAGGCCAGGAAAUUUGGUGUACGUGCAGCGAUGCCUGGAUUCAUUGCCAAGAAGCUGUGCCCAUCAUUGAUAAUUGUACGCCCAAAUUUUGACAAAUACACUGCAUUCAGCAGAAAGAUUCGACAAGUGCUUGUACAAUAUGAUGAAGACUUCACACCAGUUGGUCUAGACGAAGCGUACCUGGACAUCACUGAAUAUAUGGCCAUGCAUGAUGUUGAAGCCGAAGAUGUUGUUCAAGAAAUGAGGCAAAAGGUCUUUGAUGCAACGCAAUUGACAGCAAGUGCAGGCAUUGCUGCCAACAUGUUUUUGGCGAAGGUCUGUUCUGACAUACGUAAACCAAACAACCAGUUCAGGCUCCCUAAUGAUGUUGAUUCUAUCCGCAAGUUUGUGUCUUCUCUUCCAAUCCGCAAAGUACCAGGUAUAGGUGGUGUGCAAGAACAGCUGUUGAUGGCCCUUGGCGUGCACACAUGUCAUGAUAUCUGGAUCAGGCGAGCUGAAAUCGGUCAUCUCUUUGGGGAGGUUACCGCACGAUUUUACCUUCGUGCAGCACUUGGCCUAGGUUGCACUGAAGUCAAAUGUGACUCAAAUCGGAAGUCAAAAAGUGUGGAGGAAACAUUUGCGGAAAUAAGCAAUCCUCAAAACCUCAUUUCAAAGUGUGAGGAACUUUGUGAAGAGCUGCACCAACAGAUCCAAGAAGAAGGAAUAUCUGGCAGAGUGGUGACAGUGAAGAUGAAGACUGUCAUGUUUGAUGUGAUGACGCGUAGCAUUAGCUUGGAAAAUGCAACUUGCAAGUUGGAGACCAUCAAACAGGCAGCCUUGCGGCUUCUGCAACAAGAAAUUGCUGCUGCCAAGUCCAGCCAGCCCCUUCGAUUACGUCUAAUGGGUGUCCGGCUGUCUGGCCUAGAUGAUGGUGGGCCUUUAUCCUCAUCUCAGCCAACUUUAUCAGCAUUCUUGUCUGCCAGAAGAACAGCCCAGUGCCCCAUAUGCCAGAAGACACUGGAAAGCAGCUCCCCUGAAUUUGUCAAUGCACAUGUGGAUACAUGUCUUGGUGAGCAAGAAGCAGACGAAGUGCAACAGAGUGCCUCAGAUGGAGCUGACCUUCGUAAGCCAAACUACAAUAAGAAUCGGGACACCUCAGGUACGCCUGACGAGUUGCAACUUGGCUCAACCCCUGAAACAUCCUGUGCUAACCUUGUGGACGAAGAUAUAAAGUGCAAUAUGAUAAGGACUAGCGACAGCCCCAAGUCUGUGUCAUUCAAGGAAGAGGCUAGUGUGCCGGAGGAGGAGCCAGCAUCAAUGGAGUGCCCAGUGUGUGGUCACGUCAUUCGGGAGACAGACUGGUUUAAAGUGAAUGAACACAUUGACACCUGCCUCAAUAAGCCUAUGAUUCGGGAAAUGCUUUCCUCACAGGAUUUCACCAGCAGCCCUGUGCCUGAAAAGCGGAAAAUUGAGACGCCAAAAAGUCAACGGUCACAAAAGCGACUAAAGUGCAGCCAGCCACAGCAGCGAAAUCCUAUUACAAACUACCUCUCACCUUCCUGUUCAAAAUCCUGAGCCUGACUUCAACUGUUCAUUUCUUGUAAAUAUAUAUAGGCUGUAAAGUGCACAUAAAACUGAAGGGUGCCUGUGAUAUUUGAACCUUUCCAAUUUAUACUUUGUUACAAAGGUAUAUUAUAGUAUACAAAUUGUGCAACAUUGCAUUGUGCAGCUCGACCACCUGGAGGUUAGCGCUGUUGCCAAGAGUUUUAAAGCUGAUGCGGGCAUUGCUGUUGGCUGUGCAUUGGUGCCUUGCAAAACCUCACAUGCUCCAGAGCUUGACUGAUUGAUUUACUCAGUUAUUCAUUUACUCACUUGCUUUUGAGACUUUGGUGACAGCUGCACCAUUCAGGAGCAGGUGUCGUUAUGUAGCUCCUAUAGUAAAGAAGAUUUUAACUAAUAUGAGUCUAGUUUCGUGAUAGAAAAUAGCAACCUCACUAUGCAGAGCUCUGUACUCAUUGUUGAACCUGUGGACCAUUAUCGUGCAUUUGUUUUUUUAAAUUGAUGUGUGUAUGCAAUGAAAAAUAUGCUACGAACUAUAACAUUUUAGCUUGUUUUCCCCCCUUAGUGCGCAUGCCUUUUACAAGAAAGUAGUGACAACUUUCUAGUGUUAGGGGAACUCUAAAGUAUGUCUUAGAAUUAUGAAAUACCGACAACAUUCUAGCCUGUAGUGUGAUCAUGAUGCAUUAUUAUACUCAUUAUUUUAUUCAUUAUGUACUUUGCCAUUGUUGUUGAGGAACAUCAGUCACCUGGUAACAGGUGUGUGUACGCGUGCAUGCGUGUGUUUGCGUGCGCGCGCAAUCAGCCUCAUAUUUGCCUGCUUGAGCACAUAGAUUUGAUAUAAGAGCAUGACCAUGGCAACAUUUCAGAGUUCCUCUGAAAAGUUUAAGCUGUAAUACGUUUUAGAACCCUUGCAGGAAAUUAACCUGCUUUGCUGUGUCACAUGACUUCUUAUAGUUAUCACUCAUUUCACCUCUGAAUGUGAUGCCUUCAUUUUGUUGGAUUAAAAGAGUUCAUCUAAUAUUCCUGUAGUGAAAAGAACUGCCAUGUGGUGUCUUAUUACUAUAUUGGUCUGAAAAGUUUAUAAGCUGGUAUACUAUCAUUAUUAUGUUCUUUUACUGCCUCUCAUCUUGUUGUUUCAGUUUAUUUCAGUUUUGACUGGGUUAAAAGAUACUUAUGCACAAGCUCUUCUCAAUGUGUAAGUUUUUCUGGCACCGACCGAGGGGCAUUUUAUUGGCUGUUAUAUGGUCAAAUGUUGGGGCCUAUAUCAGGAGGCGGAAACCCAGAGCCUGACUGUUGGUGUCUGUCGUGUCAACUGACCUGACACCAACACGCAAUGAAUCUAGCUUUACCUGAGAAUACUCUCUCCCCCUCUGCUGAUCAUGUCACAUUGCAUUUUGCAGAGAUGCACCAUAUUUACUCGAAUAUAAGCUAAUACCCAGAAAUGAGAAAGUCCAAAAAUGAAAAGUACUUGAAUGUAUGCCAGCCAGAAUAUAAACAAAACGAAAGUACUGUACACUGUUAACUAUACCAUGGUAGUUGCAAAUAUUUUAGGUGAUUGUGCGUGACAGAUCAAAAGCUCAUAACACAAGCUGACUCGCCAUUUGCAUCUUUUUUUUUUUUUUUUUACACAAUGUACUGUUCUCGGUGGUCUGUCUAUUUCUUUUGAAAUGCACCACUGUUGAGAAGGUUGCGAGAUCAACUUAGCUGGAAUGUUUUCCAUAUGCUUGUAAUCAACUUCAUCCCUAAUGUUUAGCAAUGUGCAUUCGCGGUGACACCGGUCAUUUCUGCCAGCUUCAUUGUUUCUUUUAGCCUUUUGGUGUAAUGCGAGUUUGGGACUGCUGGCCCGUAUUAAUCUAUAAGACAAAGAAAUGUUGUCUGAGAUUCAGUAACGUCGUAGUAUUCCAUAACAGCUUUAUAUUCCGUGUUAAAAGCAUUAUUAGAUGAUCGUUCAUACCUGCAAGAAGUAAUGUUGGUGGUCAAACUGUAAAUUAUAUUUUGUGAUAUUCAGUAGAGCUGUUUUGGUGAACUGCCUUUAUGUUUUACACAAUAUGGUAAAUCUGGUUUUCGUCACUUAAUUAAUUAAAUUCUAGGCUUUUAUGUGCGAAAACUAUGAUAUGAUAAUGAGGCAUGCCGUAUUGGGGGAUUCCUGAUUAAUUUUGACCACCAGGGUAUUUUAACGAACACCCAAUGCACGGUACACGGACGUUGUUGCAUUUCACCCCCAUCAAAAUACGGCCACCGCAGAUGGGACUUGAUCCUGCGCCCUCAUGUUUAGCAAUGCCAAAGCCACUACACCACUAUAGUGUAUUUUUCUUCACUUCUAUGCUAUCCAUUCUUGCAUGUAAAUAUACGUCCUGUUUGGGAUAUGCAUAUGGCAGGGAAAUAAAAUUUUCAUUCACAUUGCA